AUGGUAGAAGAAAGCCAAAAAGCAGUGGUAUUGCUACAAAAAGGAGAAAUCAAAAUCGAGGAUAGACCUAUUCCGAAGAUUGAGGAUCCGCACUUUGUGAAAUUGCAUAUCAAGAAAACGGGAAUAUGCGGCUCUGAUGUCCACUAUUAUAAGACGGGCGCCAUUGGCGACUUUGUUGUGAAGAAGCCCAUGAUUUUGGGCCAUGAAUCCAGCGGAGUGGUGGUUGAAAUAGGCGACAAGGUUACCAGUGUUAAGGUGGGUGAUAAGGUUGCUAUUGAACCUGGAAUCCCUGGUAGGUAUUCGGACGUCACUAAGGGUGGAAGAUACAAUUUAUGUCCAGAAAUGGCAUUCGCGGCGACUCCGCCUAUUGACGGCACGCUUGUCAAAUAUUACUUGGCACCUGAGGAUUUUGUGGUCAAGCUUCCAGACCACGUUUCGCUUGAAGAGGGUGCUCUGGUGGAGCCCUUGUCUGUAGGUGUUCACGCCAAUAGACUUGCCAAAGUCAGUUACAACCAGAAGGUUGCCGUAUUCGGUGCUGGUCCAGUUGGCCUGCUAACAGGUGCAGUAGCCCGUGCGUUCGGUGCUAGUGAAGUUGUUUUCGUAGACGUUUUCCUCAACAAGCUGGAGCUAUCCAAGAGUUUCGGCGGAACCAAGUUUGUGGAUUCGUCCAAGUUCAAGGAUGAAAACGAUUUGAUUGCAGAGGUCGAGGGUGCCCUCGGAGGUGCACAACCAGAGGUCGUUUUUGACUGCACUGGAGCCGAAGUGUGUAUCCGAGCCGGUGUUAGAGUCUGCAAGUCGGGUGGGACGUAUGUGCAAGUUGGAGCAGGAAAAGAGAAUGUGAAUUUCCCCAUUGUCGCCCUUAUAGCCAAAGAAUUGAAAGUUCUCGGAUGCUUCAGAUACUCCUUUGGUGAUUACCGCGAUGCCGUUCAAUUGGUUGCUAACGGGCACGUCAAUGUCAAACCUCUAGUGACACACCGCUUUAAAUUCGAGGAAGCCAUCCAAGCUUAUGAUUUCAAUGUGCAGUCUGGGUCCGAGGUCAUAAAGACCAUUAUUGAUGGGCCAGAAUAA